CCAAGACCCUUAUAUUCCCCUUUUCACCUUCAUAUUGUUUUAUUUUCCAAGGCGCGUAUUUCGCUUUUCAUCUUCUUCACUCAGAAACAGAACUCCACUGAAAGACAAGACUGAUGUGUUGGCCGGCGAAGGUUUUGGAUGCUUAGAUUUCACAAUCUAAUUUCAAUAAUAGAUUUAAUAACUGUUAAUGGGAGCCAGUAGAAAGCUUCAAAGUGAGAUCGAUCGAGUUCUAAAAAAAGUUCAAGAAAGUGUUGAUGUUUUCGACAGUAUAUGGAACAAGGUUUACGAUACUGACAAUGCCUAUCAGAGGGAAAGGUUUGAGGCCGAAUUGAAGAAGGAGAUUAAGAAACUUCAAAGGUACAGAGACCAGAUUAAGACAUGGAUUCAGUCCAGCGAGAUCAAGGAUAAGAAGGUUAGUGCCUCUUAUGAGCAGGCUCUGAUGGAUGCUCGCAAGCUUAUUGAGCGAGAAAUGGAACGAUUCAGGAUCUGUGAAAAGGAUACAAAGACAAAAGCUUUCUCUAAGGAACGUCUGGGUCAGCAGCCUAAAUGGGAUUAUAAGGAGAAAGCCAAGUCAGAGACUAGAGAUUGGUUGAACAAUACGGUGUUUGAGCUGGAAUCUCAAAUCGAUGGAUUUGAAGCUGAGAUGGAGGGGCUAUCUUUAAAGAAAGGAAAAGUAUGGCCUCCGAGACUGAGACAUUUAGAGUCAUCAAUUGCUAGGCACAAGGCUCAUAUAUUGAAGCUAGAGUUGAUAUUGAGGCUGCUGGAUAAUGAUGAAUUGAGUCCUGAGCUAAUCAAUGAUGUUAAGGACUUCACUGAUGACUAUGUGGAACGAAAUCAGGAGGAUUUUGAUGAGUUUGAGGAUGUUGAUAUGCUAUACGACAUCCUACAGCUGGAUAAAGUAGAGGCGCUAGAAGAUUUUGUUAUUAGUGGGACACCUGGCCUCAUUAAGGUUGGUGCAAGCAUGAACAACAUUGAACACAGAUUUCAAGCUACAAGUCUGUUUCCGGUAAUUGUUCCACUGACAAAAGAAGGAAAACAAAAUGGUUAUAAGGUCGGUGCAAACAUGGACAACAUUGAACAGAGAUUUCAAGCCACAUGUCAAUUGCCGGUAGUUAUUCCACUGACAGAAGAAAGACAACAAAAUGAAUCACAACCUUUUAUUCAGGUUGUUGCAAACAUGGACAAAGUUGAACAGAGACUUCAAGCUACACAUCAGUUGCCAAUAGUUGUUCCACUGACAGAAGAAAAAAAACAAAUCGAAUCACAACCUUUGAUUCAAGCUGGCACAAGCAUGGACAACACUGAACAAAGACUUCAAGCUACAUGUCAAUUGCCAAUAAUUGUUCCACUUCCACCAGAAGAAGUAAUAAAACAAAACGGUUAUAAGGACUUCGAUCACUUGAAGAUUCCUCUCGGAACAUUACUUAUGGCAACUAACAACUUCAGCAAAGAGUACGUGAUUGCGAAGGGUGGAUUUGGGUUGGUGUACAAAGCCCAAAAUGAACAUGGAAUUAUCGCAGUAAAGAAGUUGGAUCCUAGGUUUGGGCAAGGAGAGCGUGAAUUCAUGAUGGAGAUAGCAAUGCUUUCAGCUUAUACACAUAAAAACCUUGUUUCGCUUGUUGGAUUUUGCGAUGAGGGUGAUGAGAAAGUUCUUGUUUACAAGUAUGAAAGUAAUGGGAGCCUUGACCAACAUUUAUGUAGGAAAGAUCUAACUUGGAUCCAACGUCUUCGAAUUUGCUUAGAUGUUGCCCAAGGGUUAAAGUAUCUUCAUAAUGAUAUUGGAACACAACAUAGAAUUUUACAUCGUGAUAUGAAGAGCUCAAACAUCCUAUUAGAUGAGAAUUUCAGAGCUAAGAUUUCUGAUUUUGGGUUGUCCAAAGUAGCUCUUGCAAAUGUACCGUGUACGGUUCUUAUCUCCAAAGUUUGUGGCACGCCGGGAUAUGUUGAUCCAGAGUACUAUAAACAUGGCAUUCUCACACAAAAAUCCGAUGUUUACUCUUUUGGGGUGGUGAUGUUUGAAGUCUUGUGUGGAAAGCUGGUGGGUGUUUCAAAGCAUCAUGAUGAGCCUUUUUCAGUGGAAUUACCCCAAAGUCAUUACGAAAAGGGAACCUUAGAUGUGAUCAUUGAUUACGACCUACGAAUUCAAAUGAACUCGGCUUCCUUGAGUACGUUUUCAGCCAUUGCUCAUCAAUGUUUGAAGUGUCGUGGCCGAGAUCGUCCAACAAUGACUCUGGUUGUGGAAGAACUAAAGAAAGCUUUCGUUUACCAAGAAGUUGUUUCCCCAGAAUAAGGUUUAUAACGUCACUACAACAAACAGGACCUAUAGGGACGACAUUUGUCGUCUCUAUAGGUUCAAAAAGUCGUCCCUAUAGCUGUCUGGGGCGAUAUGUCGUCCCUAUAUCUCUCGUCUCCAUAGCCCCGUCGCAAUAGAUCUGUAUUGUUGUCGUUAAAAAACUCGUCGCAAUAGCACACCUAUAGAGACGACAUAUCAUCUCUAAAGUCGUCGCUAUACUUUUUCCCAUCACUAUAGAUAAAGCUAUAGAGACGACAUGUCUUCUCUAUAGAUAAAAUUAUACACACGACAUAUACCUACCUAUAGCAACGAUGGAUCGUGGCAGUAGAUUCUCCUAUAGAGACGAUUUGUCGUCCCUAUACAUUCACUUGUAGAGACGACAUGUCGUCUCUAAAGGUAUGCCCACAUGUUUUCAGUUACACCCUGCUCUCUUUUUUUUCUGUGUAUUUUACCGGUUUUCACAAUCUCAAAAUAGCUAAAGCAGUGUAUCUACAAAAUAGCUAAAACAAUAAAUUCAAUUGCAACAAAUAAUGCUAAAGGAUUUUAUUACA